AUGGCUGGGCAGAUCCUGUGUGUGCAUGGCGGCCUAUCUCCAGACAUCAAAACACUAGAUCAAAUCCGAACUAUUGAGCGUAACCAAGAGAUUCCGCACAAAGCAGCUUUCUGUGACCUUGUCUGGUCAGACCCAGAAGAUGUUGACACGUGGGCCAUUAGUCCUCGAGGAGCAGGCUGGCUAUUUGGAGCAAAAGUCACCAAUGAGUUUGUCUACAUCAACAAUCUGAAGCUCAUUUGCCGAGCGCACCAGCUGGUGCACAAAGGUUACAAAUUUAUGUUCGACGAGAAGCUGGUGACAGUAUCUGCCCCGAACUAUUGCUACUGCUGUGGAAAUAUCGCCUCAAUUAUGGUCUUUAAAGACGUAAAUACGAGAGAACCGAAACUCUUCCGCUCAAUCCCAGAUUCAGAAUGCAUGAUCCCGCCACGGACGACCACACCGUAUUACCUCUAA